AAUUUGAUUGUCAAGUAUCUUAAGAGCAUCGGUUUUUAGAUAUGGCAAAGGUACCACCUCCUGCCAGUGAGGGUAACCUUUUUCUCGUGUUAAGUGCAAUAUUUUGUUUGUUUUCACUAUGCCUUAUGUUAAUAUGCUGGGCUAUUUUCGGCGAAUCCAUAACUCGAUUCUAUCGCAUUCACGUUUCUGAGAACUUUGGUUCUGAUGAUAAAAAGCAGUAGUUUUGGUGAGGACUAUACUUUGUUGUAACCUUGCGAUAUUCUGAUGGCUCCCAGGAUUAUACGUGUUACUAAAUCCAAGGAGCUGUUACAGC